UUUUCUGGCCUAAAUCUAAAGGUUAAUGUAUCAAAUGAUAUUUUUCCCAAAAUGAAAAUUUUUUUUUCUUCUUCUCCUUCGUUACAGGUAAUGUGACAUUUCACGUUUCUCUCAAACUCUCUCUCUCUGCCGUUCACGUUUUCUCUCAGUUCUUUCCUAGAGAGAGAUAGAAACAGAACCCACCGGAGAUUCUGAGUCACGUCCUCAAUCUCGCUUACCGUGAAAACAAAACAAAUAAAAAAUUCAAAUUUUUCAUUUUCUUGGGAGUUUUCGAGGAUGAGUUUUAAGGAUUUAGAGGCGGGAAGAAAAACAUCAUUAGCUUCUUUAAUGAGCUUCAAAGGUGGUGUUGGUGGUGGUCGACAAGAUACGACUCAAGCUGUUGCUGCAGGUGUCUUUAAGAUCAAUACAUGUGUUUCUACGUUCCAUCGUCUUGUCAACACUCUUGGUACUCCUAAAGACACCCCUGAGCUUCGUGACAAGCUGCACAAGACGAUAUUACAUAUCGGACAGCUUGUGAAAGAUACAUCGGCUAAACUUAAAAAAGCUAGGGAAACUGAUCAUCGGAGUGGUGUUGAUCAAAGGAAGAAGAUUGUGGAUGUUAAGCUUGCAAAAGACUUUCAAGCUGUAUUGCAAGAGUUUCUCAAGGCUCAGCGUCUAGCUGCUGAAAGAGCAUCUCUUCCCUCAAGCUAUACAGCCAGUGAGGCAGCUGUGAAUGCUGAGAAGGAUCUGGAUCUUCUUUUGGAAUCAAAAAAAAAAGAACUUGCACUUGUGAACAAUAAGAUUGCGUAUAAUGCGGCUUUUAUUGAGAAAAGAGAGCAAGACAUACAAGAAAUGCAGCAGGAAAUUGACGAGGUGCAGGACAUCUUCAAAGACAUGGCAGUGUUGGUACACGAUGAAGAAGCCGUGAUUGAUGAGACUAAUACUGACAUCGAUAACUAUCUCGCUAGAGCCUUUAUGACUCAACGAUCAUAUUCUUCACUGGCUUGCUUGCUCUUGGUAAUUUUUGGUAUCGUGCUCCUGAUUGUCAUUGUAGUGCUCGCGGUUUGAUUUUUCACAACUCAUGAAAGCAUGGACAAGUGGCCUAUCAUCUAUCAAGAAGUAUAAUGAGCGUAUGCUUGUCACUUAAUAGUGCUCAUGCAAGGAUUGAACUAUUUUUCUUUUGUCCCUUAAUGGAUUUAAUUCUCUUGUGCCUUUGACCAAGAAAACAUUUCUACACUAUCCCCUUUUAUUCUACAUUCCUACCUCUAUAAUA